AUGAGUGCCGCAAUCGCCAUGGCGCCGUCUCCAGCACCGCAUGAGAGACCUUCGUUUCCCGCCGCCGAGGUAGUUACUGCUACUGAAACGUCUGGCAGCAGUAAUAAAGCUACUGGUUCAGUGUCUCCAUCCACCCUCAGAACGCCGGCUGCCCUUUCAGGACCAACUAGCAAGAGCGCGAGCGCCGGACCUCAGAAAAAUGGCGAUAGUAGCAGUCCCAGGGGAAAUGGAGCAUCAUCAGGCCCCAAGUCUUCGCCAACUGGCCCAAACCGAAACGAAAUCGGCCGGCCCAAGGUUAUUGUUAAGCAGGAGCCUGGAUCUCCCACAAUGCCCAACAUGAAGCCCCGACCGCGGCGUCUGGACCUGUCAAAGAAUACCCUUUCCACAAAUAAUAACCCAGCAUCAGCCGUUCCCAUGUCAGCCCGCGACAGCUUGGGCAUCCAAGAAGUUGGCAUUGCUUGUCUAUCCCCCGGAUUCGUCACACAAGAUCCAGUAAUGAAGGAGCAACUGCAAAGAAGCAUGUCUGUGCGAGAACAGCAGCGCAGCAUUAUCGAACAGAGGUUACAACAGCAAUCUGCAAAGGGCGAUGGCCCUGGUGAUAAAGACAGAGACUCACUUUCGGGCUUUGCCGCCAAGACACCAGGCAUGUCUCGCAGAGGCAAGGCGCCACCCGGUCUCUCCAUUGUGGCACCAUCUCACGAGCAAUUUGCCAACGAGCGAGUAAUUCAGUCGGCACCACUUGGUCGCAGCUUCACAGGCCAGCAACAUCCUGUGCCAAUGUCACGCCAUGUCGCCAACCAUCCUUCGCACUUAUCCAGCACCUCACAUAUUCACCAUGUUCCGGCUAAUCAGACUAAUAACCGUCUGCCUCCUAUCAGCGACGUAUUUGGACACAGCGCAACAGCGCAUCCCGACAACGCGCCUCCAGCCUUUCAACGAGGAGCACCUCUAGCCUCCCCAAGUCUACAUUCAGCUCAUCAACAGCCGCCUACAUCUGGUCGACCAAGGGAGUACAAGUCCGCUGAAGAGGCCCAACAUGAACUUGCUGGCGGAAGACCAGAGUUGCUACCCAAAAUUGUUCACUAUGGUGGCCACCAACCGCCGACCCCUCCCUCUCCCGCGCCGGGAAGUCGGCAGGCUGAUGGCGGCAGUCGAACGGCCAGUAAACGACGCACCCGGGCCGAGUACGAGGAUGGCGGAAGUCCUCCCCUGGGAUAUGGUCCAUCUGCCACCAGACGCGGGCCAUUUGGCGAGGGCAGAGACAGCCCCGAAACCCAACGCGCAAAGAAGGACGAAUUCCUUCGCCUCUGUUCCAGAGCAUGGGAUUUGUUUCACUCAUAG